AUGGAGAACGCUCACACAAAGACUGUUGAAGAAGUUUUUAGCUAUUUCAACGUCAACGAGAGCACGGGACUUUCUCUAGACCAGGUGAAAAAGCAAAGGGAAAGAUGGGGUCCGAAUGAGUUACCAGCUGAAGAAGGAAAAUCGUUAUGGGAACUUGUUAUUGAACAGUUUGAAGACUUGCUCGUGCGAAUUCUUCUGCUUGCAGCCUGUAUAUCAUUUGUUUUGGCUUGGUUUGAGGAGGGAGAGGAGACCAUCACUGCAUUUGUGGAGCCUUUUGUCAUCUUACUCAUUCUUAUAGCCAAUGCCAUCGUAGGUGUGUGGCAGGAGCGUAAUGCUGAGAAUGCCAUUGAGGCUCUUAAGGAGUAUGAGCCUGAGAUGGGAAAGGUGUACAGGCAGGACAGAAAGACUGUCCAGAGGAUCAAGGCCAAAGACAUUGUCCCUGGAGACAUCGUGGAGGUUGCAGUGGGAGACAAGGUUCCGGCAGACAUCCGUCUUAGUUCAAUCAAAUCCACCACCUUGAGAGUAGACCAGUCCAUCCUUACCGGUGAAUCAGUCUCUGUCAUUAAGCACACUGACCCUGUUCCUGACCCCCGUGCUGUCAAUCAGGACAAAAAGAACAUGCUGUUCUCUGGCACCAACAUCGCGGCUGGCAAGGCCGUGGGCGUGGUUGUGGCGACCGGGGUGAACACGGAGAUCGGUAAGAUCCGUGACGAGAUGGCCUCCACGGAGCAGGAGAAGACGCCCCUUCAGCAGAAGCUGGACGAGUUUGGCGAGCAGCUGUCCAAGGUCAUCUCCCUCAUCUGCAUCGCCGUGUGGAUCAUCAACAUCGGCCACUUCAACGACCCCGUGCACGGCGGAUCCUGGAUCCGCGGCGCUAUUUAUUACUUCAAGAUCGCCGUCGCCUUGGCAGUCGCCGCCAUCCCAGAAGGUUUGCCCGCUGUCAUCACUACCUGCCUGGCGCUGGGCACGCGCCGAAUGGCCAAAAAGAACGCUAUCGUCCGCUCCCUGCCCUCCGUGGAGACCCUGGGCUGCACCUCUGUCAUCUGCUCUGACAAGACCGGAACCCUCACCACCAAUCAGAUGUCAGUGUGCAGGAUGUUCAUCAUUGACAAAGCAGAAGGGGAGAGCUGCACUUUGAACGAGUUCACUGUCUCUGGAUCUACAUACGCUCCUGAAGGAGACAUAUUUCAAGAUAACAGAGUGGUGAAAUGCUCUCAGUAUGAUGCUCUUGUGGAGGUGGCCACCAUCUGUGCCCUGUGUAACGACUCCUCCCUGGACUAUAAUGAGUCUAAAGGCGUUUAUGAGAAGGUGGGUGAAGCUACAGAGACAGCUCUGACCUGUCUGGUGGAGAAGAUGAAUGUUUUUGACACGGAUGUCAGGAGUCUGUCCAAGAUCGAGAGAGCCAACGCCUGCAACUCAGUGAUCAAACAGCUGAUGAAGAAGGAGUUCACCCUGGAGUUCUCCAGAGACAGAAAGUCCAUGUCUGUGUACUGCACCCCCAAUAAGUCCAAGUCCUCUAUAGGCAAGAUGUUUGUCAAGGGUGCUCCGGAGGGUGUGAUUGACAGAUGCACCUACGUGCGCAUGGGAAGCAACAGAGUGCCGAUGUCUCAGGGAAUCAAGGACAAGAUCAUGUCCGUGAUCCGGGAAUACGGGACGGGGCGAGACACACUGCGCUGUCUCGCUCUGGCGACCCGUGACAACCCGCCAAAGAAGGAAGACAUGGUUCUGGUGGACACGGUUCGCUUCAUGGAGUAUGAGUCCGACCUGACGUUUGUGGGUUGCGUGGGCAUGCUGGACCCUCCCAGGACAGAGGUUGCAGCAUCCAUCAAACUAUGCCGCCAGGCGGGCAUCCGAGUCAUCAUGAUCACCGGCGACAACAAGGGUACGGCCGUUGCCAUCUGCCGUCGCAUCGGCAUCUUCUCUGAGGAUGACGAUGUCCACCGCAUGGCCUUCACCGGACGCGAGUUCGACGACCUCUCGCCCCAAGCCCAACGGGAUGCUGUCACGGCCGCCCGGUGCUUCGCCCGAGUCGAGCCCUCCCACAAAUCCAAAAUUGUGGAGUUCCUGCAGGGCUUCGAUGAGAUCACUGCCAUGACAGGAGAUGGCGUGAACGACGCCCCUGCUCUAAAGAAAGCAGAGAUUGGCAUCGCUAUGGGCUCUGGCACUGCCGUGGCCAAGACAGCCUCGGAGAUGGUCCUCGCUGACGACAACUUUGCUUCCAUUGUGGCAGCCGUGGAGGAGGGCAGAGCCAUCUACAACAACAUGAAACAGUUCAUCCGAUACCUCAUCUCCUCCAACGUCGGAGAGGUCGUCUGUAUCUUCCUGACUGCCGCCCUGGGUUUCCCUGAGGCACUGAUCCCAGUUCAGCUGCUCUGGGUGAAUCUGGUGACAGACGGCCUUCCUGCCACUGCUCUGGGCUUCAACCCCCCUGACCUCGACAUCAUGAACAAGCCCCCACGCAACGCCAAGGAGCCCCUCAUCUCCGGCUGGCUCUUCUUCAGAUACCUAGCCAUCGGCUGCUAUGUCGGUGCAGCCACUGUGGGAGCUGCAGCCUGGUGGUUUGUUUCUGCUGACGAUGGUCCAAUGGUCACACUGUAUCAGCUGAGCCACUUCCUGCAGUGUGCCCCUGACAACCCUGACUUCCAGGACCUGGAGUGUCAUGUCUUUGAGUCGCCCUACCCCAUGACCAUGGCCCUGUCUGUACUGGUCACCAUUGAGAUGUGCAACGCCCUCAACAGCCUGUCGGAGAACCAGUCCCUGGUGCGGAUGCCGCCUUGGGAGAACAUUUGGCUGCUGGGGGCCAUCUGCCUGUCCAUGUCCCUGCAUUUCCUCAUCCUCUACGUGGAGCCAUUGCCAGUCAUCUUCCAGAUCACUCCUCUGAGUUUUGCCCAGUGGCUGAUGGUGCUGAAGAUCUCCAUGCCAGUUAUCCUACUGGACGAGCUGCUCAAGUUCGUCGCACGCAACUACCUUGAACCUGGUAAAGGGCUGGAGAAAGGCCCGGAGAGCAAUGACUGGUCUUUCUCUGCAUGCACUCAGGGCGUCUCCUGGACUUUUGUGCUCGUCACGCUACCCCUAGUGUUCUGGGUGUACAGCACAGACACUAACAUGGACGGCGCGUUGUCAUCCUCCUGA